AUGACUUCUCAGUAUGAUACCAUUGGUUCCAAAUACAAUAUCUUCAAGGCCCUCCCUGCAGCCACCGUCGAGGUGGAAAACAUGAAAAGCGCUGUCCAACCUUUAUUAGCCGUCAAGGACAAGCCCCGGGUUCUGGAUCUUGCUUGCGGCGCGGGAUAUUAUUCGCAAAAGUUUCUCGAAUGGGGCGCCGACUAUGUUUUUGGAAUCGACCUAUCCCCGGCCAUGAUUUCUGCAGCCAACGAAAACCUCUUGGGCUCUGAGAAACCAGGGUCGCUCAGAUUUGCCAUAGGCGAUGCCAAGUCCCUAGGGAGGAUUGAGGCUGAGGAGCCGUUUGACAUGGUCACUGGAGCAUGGUGUUUGAACUACGCGAGCAAUCUGGAAGACAUGACAGACAUGUUUCGAACAAUCUCGUCCAAUCUUAAAGAUGGUGGAGUGUUCGUUGGCCUCACACCCCAUCCAGCUGAUGAUCUCGACGCAUUUGCGCACAUGACGAAUGAUUUUGAGAAAGAGCAACCUCAUCGAUGGGGGGUUACUGUAGAUUACUAUGAAAAGUUGGAGUCUGGUGACGGAUGGAAAACGGAGGUCACUGGCCAUGGCACCCAGAAGAUUUCGUUCCGAAACUACCAUCUAAGGAAGGACAUCUACGAAGAAGGGGCAAGGCUGGGAGGAAUGAAUGGUAAGGUACAGUGGAAGCGAAUCGAGCUACCCUCGCAAGCUAUAGAGAGAUGGGGAGAGGAAUACUGGGACCUGUUCUUCAUAAAGGGCCCACACAUGGGCAUAAUGGUUGUAGAGAAAUGA